AUGUUUUCUUGGGAAUUCCUGAGGAAAUCCUCAGAGUUGGGCCGUCGAGUGCUUGUCAAUCAACGGACCUGCACGCGAAGAUUGUUCAAGCAAUCAGAAGGGUCUGAUUCAUUGUCAAGAUCAUCCUUUGGUGGGUCCAAUCAUGGUGGCCCUAAGAGUAGAGAUGCAUUGCUGAAAUUUUUAUUAAGAUCAGUCGCUUCAGGAGUUGUGAUUGUUGGCUCCAGCUACUGGUAUCCUUCAUUGGUUAAUAAGAGUUCGUCUGUGUCUUUCGCCGACAGUGCAGACGAUGCAGCAUGGAUGUCAAAUGAUGAUCUUCUUCCACCUACGAAACAGAAAAGGUUCCUCUUUGGAGGGAUGAUAUGCAAGUUUGCAUUAGCAGAUAUUGAGUACUCUGAACGCCUUUUUAUCAUUUUGCCAAUUGUUUCAGAGUCAUACAGGAGAAGAGUUUUCUUCAAUUACGAAAAGCGCAUAAGGCUGCAAAGCCCCCCAGAAAAGGUUUUUGAGUACUUUGCAUCUUUUCAAACACCUGAUGGUGAAAUUCUUAUGACACCAGCAGACUUGAUGCGAGCAGUUGUUCCUGUAUUUCCUCCAUCCGAGUCAAAUCGCGUUAGAGAGGGAUUUCUGAGAGGGGAACGAGUCCCUGGGGAAUUACAAUGUGCACCUUCACAAUUUUUCAUGCUUUUCGAUACUAAUGGUGAUGGACUCAUUUCUUUUCCAGAGUACAUCUUCUUUGUUACCCUACUCAGCAUUCCUGAAUCAAGCUUUUCUGUCGCAUUUAAGAUGUUUGACCUCGACAAUAACGGACAAAUUGACAGAGAAGAAUUUAAGAAGGUGAUGAGUUUAAUGAGAGCUCAAAACAGGCAAGGGGCAAGCCACAGAGAUGGAAGGCGAUAUGGGUUCAAAAUAGCAGAGCCUGUAGAGAAUGGUGGCCUCUUAGAAUACUUCUUCGGCAAAGAUGGCAAGAUCUGUCUACAACAUGAAAAAUUUGUCCAAUUUUUGAGGGACUUUCAUGAUGAAAUUUUACGGCUGGAAUUCGCCCAUUACGAUUACAGAUCAUGCGGUACUAUAUCAGCUAAAGAUUUUGCCUUAUCCUUGGUUGCAUCAGCUGACAUUAGCCACGUAAGCAAGCUACUCGAUCGGGUAGACGAAGUAAGCAAUGAACCACAGCUAAGAGACAUACGAUUUACCUUUGAGGAGUUCAAAAACUUCGCAGAGCUACGUAAACAGUUGCAGAAUUUAUCUCUGGCCAUUUUUAGUUAUGGAAAAGUGAAUGGGGCAUUAACGAAAAAAGAUUUCCAGAGAGCUUCAUCACAAGUAUGUGGCAUCUCGAUCACCGAUGAUUUGGUUGACAUAAUAUUCCAUGUGUUCGAUGCUAAUCGCGAUGGAAGCUUAAGUUCAGAUGAGUUUAUAAGAGUUCUGCAGAGACGUGAGACGUCAAGUUCAUUCCCUAGAGAACCAGGAUUGAAGGGAUUGAUGUCUUGUUGUGCAACCUGCGCCAAAAAUUCCUCAUCUGCAAAGCGCCUCCUCUAA